AGAGGGCUGACAACGUCACUGAAACAUGCGCUUUUCAACUCGAUUUCCUUCUCGGCAAAAAAAAAAAAAAAACUCUUUGUGCACUACGUCACCACCUUGCUUAGUAACCCCUGGCUGCGUCGCAGAGAGAGGAAAGCGAAAGGAUGGGUUUGCUAUCGAUCCUGCGCAAGCUGAAGAGUGCUCCUGAUCAGGAAGUGCGGAUCCUUCUCCUGGGGCUGGACAAUGCAGGAAAAACAACACUCCUCAAACAGCUGGCAUCCGAGGACAUCAGUCACAUCACUCCUACACAGGGAUUUAACAUUAAGAGUGUCCAGUCUCAGGGUUUCAAACUGAAUGUCUGGGACAUCGGGGGGCAGAGAAAGAUCAGACCGUACUGGAGAAAUUACUUUGAAAACACAGACGUGCUGAUUUAUGUUAUUGACAGCACGGACAGGAAGAGGUUUGAAGAAACUGGACAGGAGCUAGCAGAGCUGCUGGAUGAGGAGAAGCUCAGCGGUGUUCCUGUCCUCAUCUUCGCCAACAAGCAGGACCUGCUGACUGCGGCGCCCGCCUCUGAGAUUGCAGAGGGCCUCAAUCUGCACACCAUCCGCGACCGCAUCUGGCAGAUCCAGUCGUGCUCUGCGCUGACCGGGGAAGGCGUGCAGGAUGGCAUGAAUUGGGUCUGCAAAAAUGUGAACGCAAAGAAAAAGUAGAACUGUUCAUGUAUUUCAAAAGAAAAGCGGACUAGAAGAGGUUAAACAGCUGGACCAGUGGGAAGACUAACUUCAUUCACUGAACUCGACCACAACCAUCAUCACACAGCUACAACAGCAGCAUCUACUACACACUAAGAGAAUCUCAACCAUCACCACACAGCUACACACUAAGAGAAUCUCAACCAUCAUCACACAGCUACACACUAAGAGAAUCUCAACCAUCACACAGCUACACACUAAGAGAAUCUCAACCAUCAUCACACAGCUACACACUAAGAGAAUCUCAACCAUCACACAGCUACACACUAAGAGAAUCUCAACCAUCAUCACACAGCUACACACUAAGAGAAUCUCAACCAUCACCACACAGCUACACACUAAGAGAAUCUCAACCAUCACCACACAGCUACACACUAAGAGAAUCUCAACCAUCAUCACACAGCUACACACUAAGAGAAUCUCAACCAUCACCACACAGCUACACACUAAGAGAAUCUCAACCAUCACCACACAGCUACACACUAAGAGAAUCUCAACCAUCAUCACACAGCUACACACUAAGAGAAUCUCAACCAUCAUCACACAGCUACACACUAAGAGAAUCUCAACCAUCACACAGCUACACACUAAGAGAAUCUCAACCAUCAUCACACAGCUACA